AUGAUCGCCUUCCGUGCCUGUCUCCUCGUGGCUCUGGCCAGCUGCGCAUUUGCCGGCUACGCCAGUCCCUUGUACGGCUACAGGACCCCUGUGGCAGCCUACCACGCCGCCCCAGUGUACAGCAGAGUCGUGGCCCCAGCCGUCACCGCCGUCCACCACGGAGCAGCCGUGUCCCACGUGUCGAGCGUGAGCAGCUACCGCAGCCAGCACCCCGUGGCCACCCCGGUCGCCCGCUACGCCUCCGUCCACACGGCCCCGGCUGUGGCCACUGUCCACACCGUCCCGGCGGUCGCCAAGGUUGCCGCCUACUUCCGUGCCUCCCUCCUCCUGGCUCUGGCCAGCUGCGCCUUUGCCGGCUACGCCAGUCCGCUGUACGGCUACAGCGCCCCUGUGGCAGCUUACCACGCCGCCCCAGUGUACAGCAGAGUCGUGGCCCCAGCCGUGGCCGCCGUCCACCACGGAGCAGCCGUGUCCCACGUGUCGAGCGUGAGCAGCUACCGCAGCCAGCACCCCGUGGCCACCCCGGUCGCCCACUACGCCUCCGUCCACACGGCCCCGGCUGUGGCUACUGUCCACACCGUGCCGGCCGUCGCCAAGUUCCGUGCCUGCCUUCUCGUGGCUCUGGUCAGCUGCGCCUUUGCCGGCUACGCCAGUCCGCUGUACGGCUACAGCGCCCCAGUGGCAGCCUACCACGCCGCCCCCGUGUACAACAGAGUCGUGGCCCCAGCCGUCACCGCCGUCCACCACGGAGCAGCCGUGUCCCACGUGUCGAGCGUGAGCAGCUACCGCAGCCAGCACCCCGUGGCCACCCCGGUCGCCCGCUACGCCUCCGUCCACACGGCCCCGGCUGUGGCCACUGUCCACACCGUCCCGGCGGUUGCCAAGGUCGCCGCCUACGCCGGUCCCGCGUUCUCCGCUGUCCACGCGUUCCGUGCCUCCCUCCUCCUGGCUCUGGCCAGCUGCGCCUUUGCCGGCUACGCCAGUCCGCUGUACGGCUACAGCGCCCCUGUGGCAGCCUACCACGCCGCCCCCGUGUACAGCAGAGUCGUGGCCCCAGCCGUCACCGCCGUCCACCACGGAGCAGCCGUGUCCCACGUGUCGAGCGUGAGCAGCUACCGCAGCCAGCACCCCGUGGCCACCCCGGUCGCCCGCUACGCCUCCGUCCACACGGCCCCAGCAGUGGCCACUGUCCACACCGUGCCGGCCGUCGCCAAGGUCGCCGCCUACGCGGCUCCGGCGCUCUCUGCUGUCCACGCGUUCCCGACCCACGGCUACAACCUCGGAUACGGCUACGGUCUGGGCACUUACGGACUUCGCUACGGCCACGGCCUUAACACCUACGGCUACGGACUUGGUUACCAUCUGUAA